UGAAAACAAACUUUUAAUCAGCAAGGUGCCCGUUCAGUUAAAAUUGGUAGAUUAUUUAAGAGCUAACUCAUUUAAACAACUCAAUUUGAGUUGAACGGAAUCUUGAACAAUUCAUAACUAAGAAAAUAAGUGGAAAUCAUUAGCUUCAAGAUGCCACGACCGAGAUCAGCACGUUCUGAUGUCAGUGAUGCUGAUAUGGAAGGACUAGCAGAGGUAGAGCUAGUUAAGUUACAGAGACAGUAUAGAUUGAUGGAUGGAGACAGAACGGCUUAUACAGAGGAAUCACAGAAUAUGAUAAGAAGGCAAAAAGCUGAAGAGUUAAUGUUGGAAAAAGAAAAACAGGAAUUGUUAAAAGAAUUAAGAUUAGCUGAAAGUCGUAGUAAUGAAAUUCGUGAUGAAGAAAAUACAGAUCAGUUAGUUACCUUAGUAGAAGCUAAAGAGGAUUUAGAGCUGCAAAUGGAAGAAGAAAGAAAAAAACAGGCAGAACUUGAUGCUAAGAUUAGAGAAUCAGAAAAGAAACUUCGAAGUCAACAUAGAGAUAUGGGUGGAGUUCACAUGAGUUCUACACAUACUACACAAACACAGAAAGCUGCCCGAGUUUUAGAAACACGACUUGAUCAAGCUAAGAAGAAGUUUAAUGAUAAUUUAACUAAAAAUGCUAAACUGAGAGAUGAGAUUGAAAGUUUAAGACAUGAGCAUAAAAGAUUUGAGAAUUUAUAUAAGAAAUUAGAGAAAGAAUUGCGUCAGAUCAGACGUGAAAUGGGUGAAGUUAUUGAAUCCUCAACACAAGCUUAUGAUGCUAGAGAUGAUGCUCAAGCUAAGAUGAUAUUACUGCGAGAAAAGGCUGAUAAGGAUGUACAACAACAUAAUGCUGAAAUGAAAGAAUUAGUUCGUAUUAUUGAUCAUGAUCGCAAACUUAAAGAAUUUAUGGGAAUAAAGGGUCAAGAAAGACAAGAAGAUCCACAACUGGUGGCUUGGAGACAGAGAAAAGAGGCUGCAGAAGUGGAAAGAAAGAAAGAAAGUCAAGAAGAUUCUGUUGAUACUUAUGAAGCUGCUGUACAGAGGAUUAAAGAAAUGACAGGAGAAGAUAAUCUUGACCUUCUAGUCAAUAAAUUUAUUGAAGUGGAAGAUAAAAACUUUGCUCUGUUUAAUUAUGUUAAUGAACAGAAUAAUGAAAUAGAGAAAUUGAAUGAUGAUAUUCAAAAUAUUCGAAAUGAUAUUGAGAAAUUCAAGGCACAGGGUAUUGAAAUGGAGACCCAGAGAAAGCAUAUAUUAAAGACAUUAGAAGAAAAACAACUCCAUGCUAGUAAAGAUGCUGAUUAUAAUGAACAGAAACUUAAAGAAGUAUCUAAGAUACUUGAUCAGCUUAAAGCAGGUAUUGAUUCAUUAUUUAGUAAGAUUAAUUGUGAUAGAUCAGCUAUAGAUGAAAUGUUAGGAGCAGCUACUGGUGUAACAGAUAGUAAUAUGAUACAAUAUCUUGGUAUUAUAGAGCAACGUACUAAUGAAUUAUUAGCUGUUAAAGCUUACGUAAACUCUAAGGACUAUGAUAAACAUGAUCCUAAAGCUCCUGGGUUAUUAGGUGUAGGACCUGCAGCACCAGCAACAUUACAUCCUAUACAACCACCAGCUGUUGGUGAUGAAUAUGAAAGUGAUGGUAGUGAAGGUAGUGAUGAUGAAACCAGACCAUUUACACGUUCUGAAUUACAAAAUAAAGUCAUGAAAACUGUCCAUAAACGUGAAAUAGCAGCUAAAAAAGACAUUGACAAAUACGAUUUAUCUAAUGCAAGAGAAAAAACACAGAAACAGAAAAAGGACAGCAAGAAAAACUAAUGUGACUUUGUUAGAUUAUAGACUUUGAGGAGUGGAUUUAGAGACUUCAAGUGACAGCCAAUAUUGCUUUCAGUAUAAAAACAGGAUUCUCAUACUGCUCUGUAUAGUUAAUAUCCACAUCAACACUUAAUUAAAAUAAUUAAUAUAACUAGAUUAGCAGCUUAUGUGAACUUGACCUAAAUGGGACAUACAGAAUAUAUUUGAACAGGAAUACUAUUAACAAGUUGGAGAAAAUUUAAUUUAAAAUUAAGUUCCUGAUCAAAUUGUUCAGCAUUUUUUGUAUAUCAGCAUUGAUUUUAACUUAUUUCUUUUACAAAUUUGGGAUAAUAAGUUUUAUGUGUAUUUAUUCAAAGAAAUAACUCACAGCUUUCUUUACUUUUGUUUAUUUUAUUAGUUUAGAGAUAUUUUGGUGGUAAUCUGGAUUAAGAAUGUUUGAGGGGAUCCUUAUGUAGUUGCUAUGUAUCAGUUUCAAUGUGUAAACCUGCUGUUGUUUAUUAUUUAGCAAAUAAUGUGAUAUAAUAUUUUGUUAUGUUUAUUAUAUUAUAAAUAUUAAUUGAAAACAUUU